UAUAUUAUUUAUAUUAAAAAAAACAUUAGAGAUCUUUUUAAAGUAAUUCAAAUUUAGAUAGAAAUGAACGUUGAAAAAAUUUAAUAGCUAGAAUAGAACUUAACUACACAUAAACGCCUGUUUCUUUAAAGCGAUGAAAUGAUAUAAGAGGAACCUAAAGAAUUUAGAUAAGUUCCAGGUGAUUACUUUGACAUUACAGAUACAUAGUAAAUAGAAGAGCUAACAAAUAUUAUAAAAACCAAUCAAAAAAAUAAAAAAUAGUCUUUUCAGCUUUAAGGGUUGAAGUCGAAGUCAGAGUCAAAAGAAAACGUACCAGAAAAUAUUGAAGUGGAAAAGAGCUUUAACUAAAAGAUUAACGUACUAUUUUCAGCUCUAGAUAACUGCAAAAAGGAAAUUGAUAACAAAAAAUCCUAGGAUAUUAUAGAACAAAAAUAUUUGUAUUACACUUUAGAUGAUGUAGAAUAUAAAGACAAAGAAGUAAUUUCAGAAGCAUUCGCAUUUUUAAAGGAUUUAGAGAAAAAAGAAAAGCUAAAGUAAAAGAAAGAGUAAAUGUAAAAUGAUGAAUAAUUGAUUGAAGAAGAGUUUGAUAUUUUAUCUUUUAAGCCCAGCUACUAGCAGUCAUCUUAGAGGACUUAAAAAUAAUAAUCUUAGAUAUAAGUCGAAGAGUAAAAAUUAAAAUCAAGAAUUCAGAAUCUAACUAUUGAAGAAGAUGAAGAUGAUGAAUACGAGGAAUAAAAAGAAGAAUGA